AUGGAGGUCCGUGAGGCCGAGAUUGGGGAUCCCUCGUCGGUUGAGCAGAUCUUGGCCACCGGGAAGAUGGUCCGCGAUAUGCUUUCUCGUGUUCGUGGCGCUGUCAGCAUCGAGGACGGCAAUAACUUGAACGUCGCUGAGGGGGCUGAACAGUUCAACAGCCACAGCAAUCGCCAAAACCCCUCCCAUCCUCAUGAUGGCCGACGCCGAGAAGCCGAGACUGCCAACGUCCGCAAGAUCAUCGACUUCAAGCCGACUCCCCGACAUGGCAGACAGAUACUCCUUGUCGAGGCCAAUAGUGGCGGGAGAGGCUAUAUCCUCCAGGCCGAGUUUCAGUUAUCCUCGCAUGGUCAGGCGCUGGUUCCUGGCUUCUGGGAUUGCUUCGCUACGCCCAAACAAUCCAAACCCUCUCCAAGCGGACCAGACUCAACAGCAUCUACAUCAACGCUGAACUUGAUGAUCCACAUGGCCAUCUCUGAGAUCAACUUUGGCAUGCUAAUCUCCCGUCCACGACAAUGCCAUGAUCUUACAGCUUAUUAG